CUGAGCCACAGCAGCAGAAGGAGGAAGUCACCUUUCUGAGCUCAGUAAAGCUCACCGGUCAUUACCUGAGAGCCAAGCAGAGCUGACAGUCGCUGCUGUGCUUACAGGAACAUGGCAAGAACUGCGGCCAACGGCAACCUGAAACCACAUUCGAACCGGAACGGACUGAAAUGCGAAGAUGUCAGGAAAAACGGCUAUCACAUCAAGACAGAGAAAAAUGGCCCAGGGACUGGUGUCGCCUCCAGGCAGCACAGGCAGGAGUCCUUUGAGCAGGCGCCCAUCUACGUGGCUGUCAUGACAUACCUGGGCUUUGGCAUUGUCACCCUGUUUGGCUACCUCAGAGAUUUCCUCAGAGCCGUGGGCUUAGAGAAGUGCCACCUCGCCCAGGAAAGAGAGGAACAGAAGGAUUUCGUGUCACUGUAUCAAGAUUUUGAGAACUUUUACACUCGAAACCUGUACAUGAGGGUACGAGACAACUGGAACCGUCCCGUCUGCAGCCUGCCUGGACCUGUCUUUGACCUGAUGGAGAGGGUGUCCGAUGACUACAACUGGACAUUCAGGUUAACCGGGAGGACAUUACACAAUGUCAUCAACAUGGGCUCUUACAACUACCUCGGUUUUGCUGAAAACAACGCUGAUUUCCUGAAAACUGUGGCAGACAAAACACACCAGUAUGGGGUUGGGGUUUGCAGCACAAGGCAGGAAAUAGGUAACCUGAGCAUCCAUGAAGAGCUGGAGCAACUUGUGGCCAGUUUCCUUGGAGUAGAGUCCUCCAUGACUUUUGGGAUGGGUUUCGCCACCAACUCAAUGAACAUACCCGCAAUUGUUGGCAAGGGUUGUUUGAUAUUGAGCGAUGAGCUCAAUCACACAUCUCUCAUCUUAGGAGCCAGACUGUCAGGAGCGACUAUCCGGGUGUUCAAACACAACAACAUGCACAGUCUGGAGAAGAUGCUAAGAGAGGCGGUUUGCUCAGGGCAGCCACGGACCCACAGGCCCUGGAGGAAGAUCCUGAUCAUGGUGGAAGGCAUCUAUAGCAUGGAGGGCUCCGUGGUGCGACUUCCUGAGAUCGUCGCGCUGAAAAAGAAGUACAAAGCGUAUCUGUACCUGGACGAGGCCCACAGUAUCGGAGCGGUGGGACCAUCAGGGAGGGGCGUGACCGAGCUGUUUGGCGUGAACCCAGCCGAUGUGGACAUGAUGAUGGGCACCUUCACCAAGAGCUUUGGGGCUGCUGGAGGCUAUAUCGCAGGGAAAAAGGAGCUGGUGGACUACCUGCGUAGUCAUUCUCAUAGUGCAGUGUACGCCUCGGCCAUGUCCCCCCCUGUCACUGAGCAGAUCAUACGUGCCAUGAAGUGCAUCAUGGGAAAAGAUGGGAGCACAGAGGGCAUUAGACGGGUCCGCCAACUGGCAGAGAACACCAGAUACUUCAGGGCCAGACUGAAGGAGAUGGGCUUCAUCAUCUACGGCAAUGAUGACUCACCUGUGGUUCCAAUCCUGCUCUACAUGCCAGGCAAAGUGGUGGCUUUUGCUCGAGAAAUGCUAGAGAGGAAAAUUGGAGUGGUGGUAGUCGGCUUUCCAGCCACGCCGAUUAGCGAGGCCCGAGCUCGCUUCUGUCUGUCUGCAGCACACACCAGAGCCAUGCUGGAUGAGGUGCUGCACCAUCUGAACGAGGUGGGAGACGCUCUCUGUCUGAAGUUCUCACGGCAGAAAUAUUCCUCUCAGCCUGACCUCUCCGAUGAGCCAGACUUUGAGCUGGACAGCUGAUAUGACCUUUGACACCUUCAAUUCACAGUGUCAGAUCUUAGUCUAAGUGUCCGUGCUGCAGCAGACCCAUAAACACUCGACGUAGAGAAACGGCCACGUCUCCCAGCACAAGAGGGGCCAAAUGUUUGGCUGCUGCCGCUUUUUAUAUGUUUGUAUAACACUGUGAUUUUACAGCACACCUAUUUGUGCUUCUUAAGAAGAGCAACUAUAUGAACUCUUGAAAUAUUUCUGGAUACAUUUGUUUGUGAACACAUACGUGAAAUGACUGCACAAGAACUUCUGGAUUAGUCCCGAACUCAAAUACCCUGUAAAAUAUCUAGUUAUUUGAAGUUUCAUAUUGAGACAAAUCACAUCCAGCUUCGAAGUUCAGUUUCUCUGCACUCACAUUUGAAGUUAAUUUUUUAGCUCAAAAGAGCCUUUCUACACAGUUACGCUAUUUACUCAUGUCUAUAUUUAGACGUUGAAAACUUUUUAUGGAAGCAUUUUUUGCUUCUUAUAAAUUAAUGUCAGCCACCAUUUAUUAAAAAUGCUGGUGGUAGUUAUUAUUAGAGCAUUGUGUGAGGAGUCCCAUUUAGGUCUUUAACAUGAAGUAGUCGUUAUAAGAAAGGGAAAUGGCAUUUGUAGUUUGAAAUGUUCCCCUCUGGUGUACUGUUGUACUAACAUUUUGAGUCUGCUGAUUUCUAUUUUUUUUUUUUUUAAUAAAAGGCAAAUGCU